AUGAUAAUGACGGAAUCCCGGGAAGUUAUAGACUUAGACCCUCCAGCUGAAACUUCACAGGAGCAGGAAGACCUUCUAAUAGUGAAGGUGGAAGAAGAAGACUGCACCUGGAUGCAGGAGUACAAUCCGCCACCGUUUGAGACUUUUUACCAUCGCUUCAGGCAUUUCCAGUACCAUGAGGCAUCAGGUCCACGUGAGGCUCUCAGCCAACUCCGGGUGCUCUGCUGUGAGUGGCUGAGGCCUGAGCUGCACACUAAGGAACAGAUCCUGGAGCUGCUGGUGCUGGAGCAGUUCCUGACCAUCCUACCUGAAGAGUUCCAGGCCUGGGUGAGAGAACAUCAUCCUGAAAGUGGAGAAGAGGCUGUGGCUGUGAUAGAAAGUAUACAGAGAGAACUCGAGGAACGCAGAAUGAUUGGGUUACAAGAGCUUUUACCUAGUCAAUGCAUUAAUCCUCUGACAGGGACAGAUUGUGGCCCAGGGACCCCACCAGUCCCACUGCCUGUUUUCCUGGGUGGGUGUUGGAGCACAGUCUCUGUGUUAGCUGUGGAAGAGCUGAAUCUUUGUGGCGGAGAGAGUGCCGCCCUCAAGGCCUAA